AUGUUUAAAUUAAAGAAUAACAACCCUGCGAGCCAUUUUCGUAACAGGCUUCUGGGACCCGGCUUGGUCUACCUCGGCCUGACGUCUUUCACCGCGUUUUUGCUCGUCAGCGUGUGGAACCGGUUCGUCGACAACCCGACAGUGACGUCACUGGAGAGCUCGGUCUUCCCGGUCACCAGAGUGCCCUAUCCCGGAGUUUCCUUCUGCAACCUGAACAAAAUCAGCAAGAAGAGGGCUGCGAGUUUGGCGGAUUACAUAGUGGAGAAGACGGGGGAGAAGCGGGAGAAGGUCAUGGGGUAUAUUAGGUUUUUGGGGUUCUUGUAUGAUGCGGAUUAUAACGUGGGGAGUAAGAGGCACAUUGAGGAGUUUCAGGGGAUUUUGGAUGGGUUGAAGCUGAAGAUCAAGGAUUUGAUGAGGAGUUUGAUGACGCCUUGUGAGGAAUUUCUUCAGAUUUGUCUAUGGGGAGGUGUUGAAGUUAAUUGUUCGAAGAUUUUCCACAUGAGGCUGACGUUUGAAGGUUAUUGUUGUACUUUCAACUACAUCAAGAAUGCGAGCGAUUUGUGGGAGGAGCAUCGACAUCCCGCCAAAUUAGCCCCCGCCCACGGCACCCCCGGCAUGAAAAACGGCCUCUCCGUCACCAUCAACAACGACCCCGACGACUACUUCUACACCACUCUCUCAUCCUCCGGAGUUAACGUGCACGUCUUCAUCCCCACCGACUACCCGGACAAGUCCAGCGGCAACUUGAUGGAAAGCCUAGCCGACAUCGGGUCAGAAAACUUCAUCGAAGUUAUUCCCACCACCGUACGAGCGAUGAAGGAGGUGAUGAACUACAACGUCGUCAAAAGAAACUGCCUGUUCGAAGUCGAGCAGAUCACGCAGUUCGGGGUGUACUCUCAAAGCGACUGUUUUGUGGACUGUAGGGUUAGGAGUAUGAUGACGCUUUGUGAGUGCAUCCCUUUUACCAUCCCUUUUACUGAUGACUCGACUGUUUGCACUCUGCUGGAUCUGCCAUGCUUGAGCAAAUAUCAAAGAAAAUGGACAGCUUUGGUCCCCGAUCAUGUAGACGGGUACACUUUCAAAGAACAGGAAGAUGGUCUCUUCUGCACCGAAACGUGUUAUCCUUCUUGCGAGGCCACGCUCUACGAAAUUACCACUUCAUCUGUCAGACUCUUCGAUUCCGCGGGGAAUUACACGUCGAUUCAUAUUUUCUACGGAAACAGAUUCCACAGUUUGUAUCAGCAAGACGUAGUGCACUAUUGGUUUGACAUACUAAGCAGUGUUGGUGGUAUCUUUGGCAUUGUUAUGGGUUUGAGUAUUUUGUCGAUUGUGGAGGGAGUGAUUUAUAUGAUAAAGUUGGUAGUUGCGAAAUGGUGACCUUAGUAUUGAUUUCUGUUAAAUUUUAAUUGUAUGGUGUCAGGGGGAUGUGGGAAUGUUGGCACCAGGGUGAAAACCUGUAAAAUAAUUUGUUUACUGGUGAUGGUGGAUUGAUAAUGAAACCAUUUUCGCUUUCAUACAAAAAAUAGAUUUUUAUACGAAUGGUGUCAUGACAUUGACACAUAAGUAAAUGAUUU